UGUGUUUGGCUGCGCAAGAAAUUGUUUCGUUGCGUUUUCUCUGGCAAAUAAGCAUAAAUUUAACGUUUUUGUAUUAAAUUUGCAGUAAAGCUUAUUAAAAAGGCAGCAAUAUGGCGAAAAUGGCAUUUCAGCAUCAGGCGGGCACGGCCAUGGAGUGUCUAAGUAUACCCAUAACGCUGCACAAGGAAAAGGACUAUGACCAGGAGGGCAGAGAAAUACUCAAGUGUGGCUUUAAAAUUGGAGGCGGCAUUGAUCAGGAUUACAAAAAAAGUCCACAGGGCUAUACGGACUACGGCAUCUAUGUAACGGAGGUGCAUGAGGGCAGUCCUGCAGCACGCGCUGGUCUUCGCAUCCACGAUAAGAUACUCCAGUGCAAUGGCUAUGACUUUACUAUGGUUACUCACAAAAAGGCUGUUAGCUAUAUACGCAAGAAUCCCAUACUUAAUAUGCUGGUAGCGCGCAAAGGUGUUACCUCCACUUAAAUCUAGGCGCAGAUUUCCUAUUGACUAUAUUGUCGCUCACUCUUACACCAACUCUCUACUACUGCUAAGAUCUCUAGCUAGCGCUCUUUACCAGAAACUAUGCGUACACUUGUGUUUAUAUAUAAGAUUAUAUAUACCUUAACUUACUAUUAUGCAUAUCGCGCACUCAUAUAGACAUAUAGCUAAGUAGAGCUGCUUGUUAAAUUGAUUUACAUUAACUUGGUUUAAGUUUAUAGCGAGGCAUACAUAAGAAAACCCAGACUAGUUUCUUAGUACCUACACUUGUUGUACUAAAAGCAUAAUAAAAUAAGUAAAAUCAUGGCCAAAACACAACAACUAUAUACAGAGAAGCAACGAGGUUGAAAAUAGUUAACUUAAGCCAAGUUCAAGCAACAGGUUCAAUUUUUUUUUAUUACAUUUUCCAAGCAGCCGAAGAAUCUCUUGUAAGACCCGUCAGUAUUUAUAUAGAUAUACAAUUUUUGUACUUUUAUAUAUACUGCAGCAAGCAUUCCAAAAAUAAUGAAAUGAAAGCAAAUUCCCAUAAACUUGUUAAAGCAACUAAAUAGUACAUAGAUU